GCUUCCGCCCAUCCGAGUCACGUGCCGAGGCCACCGCCGCUGCCAUCACCACUGUGGGCAGCCGUACUUGGCUAUUGCCGUAUACCCCGCCCGCGCCCGGGCUGCGCGCCCGCCCUGGUGGGCCUGGCUCUGGUCCCUACACCCCACAGCGGCCAGCCUCGCCACUUUCCUACCCCCUCCGGCAUUAGGGGUCGCGCAGGGCGGGACAUGGGUGACCGGAAGUAGGAGCUGUGAGCCUUGCCGCCCGGGGAGCCAAGGCCCGAGGCGCCGUCGGGGCCACCGUGACGCACGCAUGGAGAGCGCUAGGCGUCGGGCUGCGCACCGACGGCUAGCCUGGGCGCACGGGCUCUGCGGGGCUGAGGCUUUGCAGAACCGACUGCCCUCCCGGGGUGCGGGGACAUGAGGCUUGACCACGAGCCCGCCGCGGGCGAGAGGCGCGCUGCGCGGGCCUGCCCUCCUCGCGGGUGAAUUGCGCGGAGCCCCAGACUCGCCCGUCGUUGUUGGUGGCGGCAUGGUCUUCUGUCUGGAAAACGAGGUGCUGCGCCGCCCGCUGCGAAGCGCCAUGGUCCAAUUCCAGGCCUCGGAAGUCCAGCAGCUGCUACACAACAAGUUCGUGGUCAUCUUGGGGGACUCCAUUCAGAGAGCUGUGUAUAAGGACCUAGUGCUUCUGCUUCAGAAAGACUCACUGCUUACAGUUGCUCAGUUGAAAGCCAAGGGGGAGCUGAGCUUUGAACAGGACCAGCUGGUGGCUGGGGGCCAGCUGGGUGAGCUGCACAACGGGACACAGUACCGUGAGGUCCGCCAGUUCUGCUCAGUUUCUGGCCACCACCUUGUGCGCUUCUACUUCCUCACCCGCGUUUAUUCUGAGUACCUUGAGGAUGUCCUGGAGGAGCUGACAUAUGGGCCUGCCCCAGACCUGGUGAUCAUCAAUUCCUGCCUCUGGGAUCUCUCCAGGUAUGGCCGCUGCUCAAUGGAGAGCUACCGAGAGAACCUGAAACGAGUGUUUGUGCGCAUGGACCAGGUGUUGCCAGAUUCCUGUCUGCUGGUGUGGAACAUGGCAAUGCCCCUGGGGGAGCGUGUCACUGGGGGCUUCCUCCUACCAGAGCUCCAGCCCCUGGCAGGCUCUCUGCGGCGGGAUGUGGUUGAGGGGAACUUCUACAGUGCUAUUCUGGCUGGGGACCACUGCUUCGACGUCCUGGACCUGCACUUUCAUUUCCGGCAUGCAGUACGGCAUCGUCAUCGAGAUGGUGUCCACUGGGACCAACAUGCACACCGCCACCUCUCACACCUGCUUCUGUCCCACGUGGCCGAUGCCUGGGGUGUGGAACUGCCCAGGCGGGACUAUUCCCCUGACCCAUGGAUUGAGGACUGGUCAGAGAUGGAUCAUCCAUUCCAGGGAAGCCAUAGGCAGCCCCAAGACUUCGAGGAACAGCUGGCCUUGCCCCAACCCUCUCCUUUGCCCCCUCCCAUGUCUUUUCCCUACCCCCUUCCUCAGCCCUCACCGCCUCCCUUGUUCCCACCCCUGCCCCAGGAUUCCACUUUUUUCCCAAACCAGCCCUUCCCACCCUAUGAAUUCUUCAAUUAUAAUCCAAUGGAAGACUUCUCAAUGCCACCCAACUUAGGAUGUGGUCCUGGAGUGAACUUUGUGCCUGGCCCCCUGCCACCUCCAGUCCCUGGCCCAGUCUCCCAUGGUCAGCACCGGAGCCCUGUGGUCCUCCGGGGGAUGCCACGCUGUAUUCCCAAGAGCCCCUAUCAUGUGCCAAGGAUGGGGGGACCCUGUAGGCAGCGGCUCAGACACUCAGACAGACUGAUCCAUACAUAUAAACUGGACAAACGGAGACAUGCCCAUUCAGGGACAUGGCCUGGGUAGAUUGGAUCAUGGGUUGGGGCUGGUUGUGCUAAUGGCUCUGCAGGGCCUAUCUAGACCCCCAGGAGCUGGGCUAGGGUGUCUGCUCUGCCUAGCAUUGUUCUUGUCCAUUGCUGUCACCAAUAAAGGCAUGGAAGGACAGAGUGACA